AUAUCAAUGUUCGCGUAGAAAAAACUGGUAAAAAAAAAAGAUUGAAAUAUCACAACGAUGGCGUUGGCGUUAAAAAUGGAAAAUAGUUAAUUGGUUGAUUGACCAAGUCAUACCCCAAAUUUAGGGGCUCCAAAGAGGUCCGAAAAUUCAUCUACUCUCCUUCGAUCAUCCCAUUCUAAAAUCUGAAAUCUAAUAAUUAUCCAGAAAGGAAUGCUAUAUUCCAAAACAGUAAUAACACACAAUAAUCUCCGUCGCUGACCUCUCGUGUUUUUUUCCAAAACAUUGACCUCCUAAACCUAAACAAACAAAAUCCCUUGAUCUCCUCCCUUUGCAUAUGAUUUUUUUCCUCUUCUGCUCCGUCCUCUCUCGGCCUUCUCCACUAACCAUCUGACCUCGUCUCCCUAUUAAUUCCUUCCCAUCAAUUUUUCCAUCUCUGCAUCAAACUCAUCAGGAAGGAAUUAAUAGAGACAGGUCUAAUUCAUUACCCAUAUAUUAAAUGAGCAUGACUGGUUAAGAAAUAAUGCAGCAUCCUCUAUCUCGUUAAUUAGAUGCAACUACUAGUUAGGUUUUCAUAACACGCACAUUUUCAAUGGCAGCAGAAUAUUCUGAAAAUGAGACAUUGCCUAAGUCUCCAUGGUCCUCUCAUCUGACAGGCGCCGGCGCUUCUGCUGCGGCCUCCUCGUCCGGUACCGAAGAUGAAUCCGUCUCUACGGUUCUCCUGGGCUCGCUCAUCCGAGAAGAAGGCCAUAUAUACUCCCUGGCGGCAUGCGACGGCUUGUUGUACACAGGGUCCGAUAGCAAGAACAUUCGGGUAUGGAAGAACCAGAAGGAGCACGCCGUGUUUAAAUCCAACAGUGGCUUAGUCAAAGCGAUUAUUAUUGCUGGCCGAGAAAUUCUCACGGGUCAUCAAGAUGGACGCAUCCGCGUCUGGAAAGUAUCCGGCAAGAAUAACACCGUCUACAAGCGGGUCGCCACCCUGCCGACUCUCAAAAAUUACAUAAAAUGUUCCAUGAAGCCCAGGAAUUACGUGGAAGGAAAACGCAACCGUAGCGUUCUCUGGAUUAAACACCAUGAUGCCAUAUCUUGCCUCGGCAUAACCAAAGACGCCUCACUUAUUUACUCCGCUUCAUGGGACAAAACCUUCAAAGUCUGGAAAGCGUCCAAUUUUAAAUGCUUAGAAUCCGUUACUGCUCACGACGACGCCGUCAACGCUCUGGUGGUCGGAGCAGACGGGUUGGUGUUCACGGGUUCGGCUGACGGCACUGUUAAGGUCUGGCGCAGGGAGGUUCAAGGAAAAGGAACGAAGCAUUUCUUUUCGCAGACAUUGUUAAAGCAAGAGUGCGCUGUGACGGCACUGGCAAUAAGCCCGGACUCUAGCUAUCUAUAUUGCGGAUCUUCCGACGGCGUUGUUAACUACUGGGAGCAGGGGAAACCGGAGUCGCACGGCGGCGUUUUGAGAGGGCAUAAGCUGGCGGUGCUAUGCUUGGCGACGGUGGGGAAGCUGUUGAUUAGUGGAUCGGCGGAUAUGACGAUAUGCGUGUGGAAAAGACUAGAGAACGGGGCACACAGAUGCGCGUCGAUACUGACGAGUCACACGGGACCGGUGAAGUGCCUAUCGUUGGAGAAUGAUCCAGAAGCACGUAACGGAGAGCCACAAUGGAUAAUAUACAGUGGGAGUUUGGACAAGUCGGUAAAGAAGUGGAAGGUGUCGGAGACACCGCCGGCCACCUACCACAACCACCAACAGCAGCGCCAGAGUGUUGAUGCUUAUCCCAGAGGGUUGUCCAUGCGAAAGAUGGGGUCAAGAAGAUAUUGAUCAGCAAGUGCCAUAAAAUCCACACAGGCUUUGAGGAUCGAGACUCAGUGAGUGGCUAAACGUGGCAAAAUCACGUCCGUGUAAUCCAAUCAAUGGUGCU